CGCAGAGCACAGGAGCGCGCACUUCCACAGAGAGAACAAGUGUUCGUUUUGCUGUUGACACACCGAACUGAAGCACAGCUGUGCUCCCUAAUCUGAUACAUUUGAUAACCUUUGGGAAAAGGGACUCAGGUCAUCCAGAUGAAAGCCCUUAUCUCUGCAGCUGUUGGAGCAGUGCUUCUCUUGCCCACUUUUUGUCAAAGCGGUAUGGAAAAUGGUGCAGACAACUUGGGGGAGUCAACCUUACCUAUCAAGACCUUCCGUGGUGCUCCCCCAAAUUCUUUUGAGGAGUUCCCCCUUUCUGCCAUAGAAGGCUGGACAGGUGCCCCCACAACUGUAAAAAUUAAGUGCCCUGAAGAACGGGUUUCAGAUCUCCAUGUGAAUAAUGCUACCGUGGGGUACCUGAGCAGCUCCAUAAGUACCAAACUCAUCCCCACCGUCUACAUCCUGGUGUUUGUAGUAGGUGUGCCAGCCAAUGCGGCGACCCUGUGGAUGCUCUUCUUCAGGACCAGAUCUGUCUGCACGACCAUCUUCUACACUAACCUGGCCAUUGCAGAUUUCCUUUUUUGUGUCACAUUGCCCUUCAAGAUAGCUUACCACCUCAAUGGGAACAACUGGGUAUUUGGAGAGGGCCUGUGCCGGGCCACCACAGUUGUCUUCUACGGCAACAUGUACUGCUCCAUUCUGCUCCUUGCCUGCAUCAGCAUCAGCCGCUACCUAGCCAUUGUCCAUCCCUUCAUUUACCGGGGGCUGCCCCAGCGCACCUAUGCCUUGCUGACAUGUGGACUGGUGUGGGCAACUGUUUUCUUAUAUAUGCUGCCCUUCUUCAUCCUGAAACAGGAGUAUUACCUCGUCCAUCAGGACAUCACCACCUGCCAUGAUGUCCACAACAUAUGUGAGUCCUCCUCGCCCUUCCAGCUCUACUACUUCAUCUCCUUGGCGUUCUUUGGAUUCUUAGUUCCAUUUGUGGUCAUUGUCUACUGCUAUUCAGCCAUCAUCCGUACGCUGAAUGCAUAUGACCACCGAUGGCUGUGGUACAUGAAGGCGAGUCUCCUCAUUCUUGUGAUUUUCACUAUUUGCUUUGCUCCAAGCAAUAUCAUACUUAUCAUUCACCAUGCUAACUACUACCACCACACCACUGAUGGCUUAUACUUCAUCUACCUCACAGCCUUGUGCCUCGGCAGCCUGAAUAGUUGCUUAGAUCCAUUUUUAUAUUUUCUCAUGUCAAAAAUCACAGAUCAAUCCACUGCUUACCUGACAAUGGUGAAAUCACCUUAGAGAACAAGGAAAGCUAUCUGUGAAAAUAUCCAUUCUUGGGAUAACAUAUGUAUCGUUCAAGGAGCUCUAUUCUCUAGCUCUCAAGAAACAGUGCUUCAAAAUGAAACACUACAAAAAACACUAUCUUUUAAAAAAGAAAAAAGCAAACAACUCUAUGUCAGUGUUUUACGAAUGUCGAUGUGGGAGAAAAGGUAACACCAUUCUUUUUAUGACAACUGACACAUUUGGGUGCCAGGUGCUUGGAGGCCCUUACACCUCCAUGUCCCCCACCGCUCCGAGGCUUCCACUCCAGGCGACCCGGGGAGGAGGGCAGGCCAGGGAGCAAGGGUGCAGCCUGAGAAGCUAAGGUCUCAGUGUUUAGUAUCUGGUGUCAUUUUUUUAUUCUUCUGCUCCCUCAGCUCUUCGCUGGUGGCUGUCUCAUCAGCUGACUGUCUGUCUGUAACAUCUCUCCCUGGGGUCCAUUAUCCCAGCCCCACCUCUGCAUUCUAACCACUCUCUCUGCUGUCAGCCUAUCUCCGUUUCACUGCCCACUGCCAGACUAAUCUUCCUCAAAUAUUAGUUUGAAUACACCACUCAAAACUCCCAGCUCAAAACCUCCCUGAACUCUCCACUAUUUUGGGAUAUCUUAGAAAUCUCCCACUUGGCAGUCAGAGCUAACUUUCUUACUUGACUUCCCAAUAAGCCUCGCCUGCAGUGUAGGCACCAGCCAAGCCUCUUGCUUUGCUGUGAUCUUGAUUUUUCGUCUCUCCGCCCGUCUCUUAUCGGAAAGCUAUUUUUAACAUGUUUGCCUUCUUUCCAUCUCUUGAAGUCCUCAAAGGACCAUUCUUCCCUAAUUCUCAAGCUACAAGUCCUUUUUUCUCAUCGGAACUUUUGAAGCACUUUCCUGUAUUUUUGUUACAGUGCCUAUAUAUAGUUCAUUUAUAUACAAAUAUUAAUUCCACACUUACUAAGCACCAUGUCUAGCAGAGACGGGGGCUCACCCUCUUGCUUCUUUAGCUUCUUAUAACACCUGCAGGCCCAACUCUUCCCGGGGGUCUGUGGGGCCCAGUUCCAUGCCUUGCGCAGCACAUGGCUGAAUGAAAGAACUACGGCCCCAAAGCAGCUCCACGGUGUGAAGCCCAUUAAAUUCCUACCAGGAAGGCAAGGUGUUCUGUGUGACAUGGGGUCACAUCAGGUUUCGUAGGGCAUGCAAAAAAAAAAAUAAUAAGGAAACUAAACUAAGAAUAUAUGCAUGAGGUCAUUUACAAGUUUAAAACACACCCAUUAUUUUUGGUCCUUUUACAUAGUUUUUAAAAGGGAAGUUAUAUUUUGUUGUAAAUGCCCAGUAUAUUCCUGUAGGUAGAUGACUACAUUUCCCUUAGUUUAGGGAUUAGACAGGUGAGAUGUUAGCGAUUAAGGGCAGGAAGGAUUGCUGAGAAGGAUUUUUAAGUCUGUAGAAAUGUGAAUUAAUCAUAUACUUUGUAGUGACCAUCGAAACAAUAAAAAAAAUUGUUAAAUGCAUAUUUUUGACUCCGCAGUGUUUCCUGUUUCAUUUGACCGAGGCAAAACAAAAACAAAACCAUGUACACAAAUUUACUUCACAGUACAUAUGUGGUUAUGUGAAGAAAGAAAAUCAGACACUAAAGCAAGCAAGAAAAACAAAUCUGAAGUUUCAAGAUCACAAAAAAUUUCAGUGGAAGGAACUGGUUCUGCAAAUAAAGUCAUCAACUGUAAUAAGUUUUACCUACGGAAAAGGGCAAUGACAUUCACUUGUUAAAAGCACAGUUAAUUUUUAUGCAGUCAAUAUACAUAUAGAAAAGCUUACAAUUUAAAAUAGCUCACAAUUCACUGCCUCCACCAAACAGACACAGAAAGUGUGUUCUCUGCUAAGUGUAUGCCAAUAUGCACACGACCCGCUUUUCCCCAAGUGACAAAAGGAAUUUGGUACCCACAUAAGAUUAUACUUGAAAUACUAUUAACAAGGACCAAGAAGCCUCACGAACUUACAUCACAGUCCCCAAUCUUUGAUUAAACUGAGCAUUUAUUCCAUGACGAUGCUAUCCACUGUGACCUUUAAUGGCUAUAUUCUUUGGCAUAAGCUUUACUUUAUAAGUGACAAUAUCAGUAAUAGAAUUUUUUCCUGUUAUUUUCUCAGGCCAGAUCUUAGGAAGACAAAGCAGAAAUACACCACCAAAGCACAAUACCUAGCAGAAUUUACAAAACAAACACAGAAACUCCUCUAAAUAAACACCAGAAUCAGAUUUUUCCUCCAACCCCAGGGAAAGUGAACAAGCUGAGAAAAGAAAGUUUCAAAGCUAAUGGGCUGAGAAAGAAAAUGUUUAAAAAUAGCAAUUUAAUAUAUAAAAAAAAUAAAGAUUCACUACUUGGAAUUGUACUGUUUUAAAUCUAUUAGCUAUUGCCAAUACAUUUCAAGCCCCUAAUCUUUUAUAGGCCAAAAGUCAUUUAAUACCUGAGUUAGAAACCAUAUCCCUAGGCUUGUUUAAUGCUCUAACUACACUAUUCAUGCUACUGCUUUCACACUCAGAAAGGAUGACUGAUAGAGAGCUGGCGGAGCACGGACACUCAGGGGAGGCUUCCAAAUGCCCUGGAGAGGUCCUGCAGAGCUCCAUCUUGGUUGGAGCCAUUAGACUGAGUGCUCUGGAGGUGACUUUGACUGCCCGCCUAUGAAAGGUUUGUGGACUCAGCCUCACCUCAAGGACAAAUCCCCUGUGGCUGUGGACAGAGAAUAACCCAGGUCUGCAUACAUCCUUUACCCAGGAAAUCCCACAUUUGGUUUGUAGAUGAAACAGGCCACAUGUCUGGUAAGGACCUUGUGACACAGACAUUGUACACCCCUUACCUGUGUGGCAGCCAGAGGUUCCCACAGUAAUAUUAGCUACAGUAUUUAAGCAUAUUUUUGGGGUGUCAAACUCCAUGCUAAAUGCUAUACACUCAUAUACACAUAUAUUCAUAUUAAGGUAAUUAUACAUAGCUAUUUAUCAAUGUAUUACAUGUAAACAAAAUAUAACAUAUCAAUUUGUCAUAGUGUUACAUGUAUACUAUCAUUUAAUCCUCAUGCUAAUUCUAUACAGUAGGUACUAUUAUUUCCAUUUUACACAUGUGAAAACUGAAGCAUAGAGAAUUUUGGUGACUUGACUAGAUCCCUAGCUAUUUUAUGGCAAAGCCAAGAUUGGAAUGGUGCCUAUCUGUUUCCAAAGCAAAUACCUUCCAAUUUUUAAAAAUUCUUUCAGUGCUGGUAAGUGUGCCAUGUGCCACAGUCCCAGCUACAGUAGUGGGAACAGCAGGAGGAGACCCACUGUCCUCCCCCCUGGGAUGCUGGGACACAAGGUUCAGGUUGAGUCUCACUCUCCUACUUGCCUGGUAAUCAACCUGAACUUCCUGCUCGCUUACAUCUGAUGAGAGGGCACCUGCCCCAGUUGCUGUGAGGCACAAAUGAGGACAGUUUAUGUGAGGAACCCUUAAAGCACAAGAAGAAGGCAGCACCGCUAUUGGAAGGCUAAUGUCAUGGAAGACCCCACCCUGAGGGAUAUUUUUCUUCACCUUUAAAGAGGUAAUUUAGUGGUGUGGCGUGACUAGGGUUUAUAAGUACAUAUGUAUAUAUGUAUGUAGGUAGGUAUUUCUUUAACUUUUCAUUAAACAUUUUUUUUGCAUCGUUAAUACAUGGUAUAAAAUUAAAAAGAUUAAAAGUUUAUCUUUUUCUUCCCUAGCCACUCAGUUCUUUCCCCAGAGGCAGUACUUCUGUAUGCUGCCAGAGGCUAGAUUAUGCCAAAAUACUUCUAAUGACCUGAGUUGAAGUUAGUUACUUUGAAGGGAACACCUUGAUGGAGGCAGUAGGUCCUCUUACAGAAGCUAGAAAAGUUACUGGAAGAAUUGGCCCUUUCUGAGUUGCUUACAUUUUUUUUUGAAAAUUUAGAAACAGUAUGUAAUGUAAGCACUUUUAAAAAAAUGAAAUCCAGACAGCACAGAGUGAAAAGCAGUCUCCUAUCCACACCAGGCUUCUACCUUACCUUCCAGAAGGUAUCUCCUUCUAGAAAUAUUUUAUGCACAUAUAAGCAUACAUUUAUAAAGGUGUUACCCCAUUUUUAUGUACCUGGAAGCAUGCUUGUUUUUGGUAUUCUUUUAUUUAUUUAUUUAAUUUUAAUUUUGGUAUCAUUAAUAUAAAAUUACACGGGUGACAUUAUGGUUACUAGAUUGUCCCCAUUAUCAAGUACCCACCACAUACCCCAUUAUAGUCAAUGUCCAUCAGCAUAGUAAGAUGCUAUAGAGUCAUUACUUGUCUUCUGUGUGUUAUACUGUCUUCCCUGUGCGCCGCCCCCCCCAUGUUAUGUGUGCUAACUAUAAUGACCCUUAUUCCUGGAAGCAUGCUUUUUUCACUUAACAAUAUGCAUAUUAAAGUUGUCCAAUAUAGAUCCACUCAUUCUUUUUCAUGGCCACAUAGUAUUUCACUGCAUGGAUAUGCUGCAAUUUAUAUAACUGGCCUCCACCUGAUGGGCAUUUAGGUUGUUUGGAGUCCUCUGCUAUUACAGACAAGGCUGCAAUAAAUAUCCUUUUUACCUGCCAUAAUGCACAAUAAGAUAUGUUUCUGAAUCAGAAAGACCAGGGCAUCAUCCCAAAACUGCUUACUUUUUGGACAAGUUGGUUUCAUUUCCGUAAGAGGAUAAUGAUGACAAUGAAUGCUCAGGGCUGUUAUGAAUUGUUAGGAUUAUAUAAGAGAAUAUGCAUAAGGUACCUAGUACCAUGCCUGUCCAAAAGCAGGUUCUCAAUAAAUAUUUGCUCUUACCAAAGGUGUUUUCUGUUUCAGAUGAGGCAGUUCCUGGGUUGUCUAAGUCAGGGGAGAGGGCUGUCCCUUUCAGGGUCUGGCUUGCACCUGGGGACAUGGUGGCUGAGAGUGACUGGGCCCCAGGUAGCAUCAAUCCUACUCUCCGAGGACAGGUCACACAAGCCUCUUCCAAGUACCCUCCCCAUAGUAGCUAGUAUCUGUGGGACUCCUCUUACAAGCUCUGUAGCCAGAAAAAAACCCUCUGCUUUUUAAGGGGACUCUGGCCAGGUCAAUCUCCACCUGUGCUGGGAACAAACCAUGCUGGUACCUGCCAAGCACUCACUUCCUGCCUGCACCAUCCUGCUCCCCACCCACCUAGCCAGCUCUUCCUUACCUUUUAGGCUCAGCUCUUGUUCUAUCAAUGCCAGCUUCUCUUAGGAUUCUCAUCCACAGCAAUCCCAACCAUCUCUGAAUCACUCUGUGCACUUCUCAUUUUGACACUCUACCACAUGCUUAUCUUUACUGUUACUUACCUAUUCUACUUGAGAAUGCCCACUGCCUAAAUUUCUAAGAAUCCUGAGGAUAAGGACAGAACAUUCAACUGGUAUUAUAUGUUCCUCGUAUUGUAUCCCUUUUCCCGCUAGCAGAUGCAGUACACUGCCCUAUGCACACAGUAUGUGCUCAGUAAAUACCCAGUGACUUCGAUUCUGAACAAGAACUCACCCACAAAUGAGUUUUUAGUGAAAGAGUAGAAGCAGUUAUCAGCUAUGCAGCCAGGUCCCCCCUCAUAUUUGACACUGGGAAAAUAACAGCCUUAUACUUCCAUUCUGACUUACAGGCAAUUGCUGGGACAAGAAGCUCGUGAGCUUUAGUAAAAAUGGGUGAUGACAAGUCCUCCCUGC